AUGAUGAAGAGAGCGGUCAUGAACGUGCAAUCUACAGACAAUGCGUGUUUCGCGUUGUCGGUGGUGGACGCUCAAUAUCCAGCUAAAAGUCACGUGGAACGGGAAUCGUCGUAUCCGCAUUAUAUAUCUGUGUUAAAUCUCAAAGACAUUGAAUUUCCAAUGACGUUAAAUCAAAUAAAAAAGUUUGAGAAUCUCAACGCAAUCUCCAUCAACGUAUAUAUCAUCGAGAACAAGGAACAAGUAUCGAUCCUACCGAUUCGCCUUGCUGACACGAAGAAGGAGAAGCAUGUCAAUCUACUGUACGUGGAGAAAGAUGGUGUGGGACAUUUCACAGGAAUCAAGAAUUUGUCCCGCCUCGUUAGCUCGCAACUGAGCAAAAAGAAGAAUAAGAAAUACAUUUGCGAUAGGUAUAUUUUUUUCAAAUGUCUGCACUAUUUUAGUUUGAGCGAAAAAUUGAAGGUCCACACUAUAGACUGCGGAGAGAUGAAUGAUUGCGCGAUAAAGUUACCGAGCGAAGACGACAAGUGGCUGAGUUAUAACAACUACAGCAGAAAGGAACGUGUCCCGUUUGUCGUGUACGCCGACCUGGAAUGUAUCCUGGAAAAAAUGCAGAGAGAUCCGGAAACGCCGAGCUACAAAUAUCAGCAUCAUCGAGUAUUUAGCAUAGGUUAUUACGUUACACUGCUCGUAUAA